AGUAAAUAUGAUGGCAGUAAGGACGAUUCCUCUAUUCACCGAUAUGUAUGGACGUUACUUUAAUUUGUGCGUGUAGAAUAUUUAUUAUUAUUUUCCGACAGUGCUGUAAAAGUUGUAUGUGUUAAGAUAUGACGUGUGGAAGAUAGAUAUAUAUUAAUUAAAAGAUGAAUAUGAAGGCUGCAUAAGAAAAAAAUUUGUGAAGCAAUAUGAGAGUAAGCUAUUUAUCGAAAUACCCGCCAAGUAAUUUCGCUAUUGUUGCUACCAAGGUUGAAUUUGAGAAAACCCGUGUCGAACAAAUCCUCAUUUAUACUCCAUCAGAUAGUGUUACUACGAUGUAGAUGGAGAAGAAAAAUUUAAUCUAGUAGAAACAAACGGGCAGCGGAAAAAGUUACCAUGUAUCAGAUACUACAUCUUCGUAGUCGUCUGUUAAGAACCCUUAUUCUAGGAUUGAUCUGCUUGACUUUCUACGCGUAUUAUCGUACUACGUACUACGAUGUCCCUCAAUAUACCGUACCACGAAACGUCAGUCAUCCUGCAUCUCAAGAGAUUUAUAAGCAACGACCAAAUGCCAGCAUAGAGGUUCAUAUUGGAAUUUUGCCCAAGAAUGAUUCUCCUGGGCUACCUGUCGUUGACCCCUAUAAUGUACAAAAUGCCAGUAAUCUUUCAAAUUCUGUGAUUACUACACAGUCAACAUCUUCUAGUUCUCAAGUUGCGAGUGUAUCAAUUGUUGAAAAAGUCAUGAAUGAAACAAAAGAAACACCUGUGGUUUUGAAUGAGUAUUCUGCACGUGCUAUUUAUGAAGCUGGCCAUACGGUACCAAUUCCAGAGAGAUGUCCGAAUUUUGGUAAAGAAAUGGAUUUGGUAAUAAUAAUAAUGUCUGCACCGACGCAUCUAGAAGCUAGGAUGGCAAUACGACAAACAUGGGGUCAUUUUGGUCAGAGAAGCGAUAUCAGUAUCUUGUUCAUGUUAGGAGCAACUGUGGACUCCAGAGUAGAAACAAUUUUAAAAAAGGAGCAAAAAACAUACAAUGAUGUGAUACGUGGAAAAUUUUUAGAUUCCUACUCUAAUUUGACGCUUAAAACGAUUUCCACUCUCGAAUGGGUUGAUAGCUAUUGCUCCAAGGUUAAAUUUAUUUUAAAGACUGAUGACGACAUGUUUAUUAAUGUUCCACGUCUACAAGGUUUUGCAAUUAUGCAUGCAAAAGAUAAGAACGUAAUAUUUGGUAGGCUAGCUAAGAAAUGGAAACCAAUUAGGAGUAAAAAGAGCAAGUAUUAUGUAUCCCAAACACAGUUCAAACAUACUGUUUUUCCAGAUUUUACUACUGGACCAGCUUAUCUUUUGUCCAGCGACAUCGUGCGUAAACUAUACGAUGCUGCAUUAGAUCAAACAUAUCUUAAACUUGAAGAUGUUUUUGUAACUGGUAUAGUUGCGGAUAAAUUGGGAAUAAAAAGGAUACAUGAUAACGAAUUUUUAAAUAAAAAAUAUCGUAUAGUGUGUGCAAUGUUGAACGAAGUAUCAGUAUCCACAUGGUCAAAUACAGCGAGCAAUUUGAUCUUUGGAAAAAAUUAUUUGAUAACAAAAGUAAAUGUAAAUGAUAAAUAGCACUUAAGGUAAUAGGUGCUUGAGAUUUCCAAAUUACAUGAUAAAUUACUUAUUAUGCAACACAUCAUUUGACUGUUGCUCGACGAUUGUUUGAGAUACACCGUUCAACUGUGCUCAGUUACAUGUAUAAAACAAAUAAUGUUAACUCUCUAUUUCGU